UCCUCCUCCGCCGCGCUUGGGUCACAUCCCUCUGGCCCGGCACGACCCGGCCUGGCCCGCCCGGGCUCAGCGGCCGUGGGGCCGCAGCUCCCGAUGGAAAUUAUAUGACAAUAUUUGGAUAACAUCUUCUUGAAAGAUCUUCAAGGAUUACAGAAGACAAAAACACUAAUGCAUUUGAGAAAGUGGUAAAGUUUGGGGGGAGGGGAAAAAACCCUGCUUUCCUGAUUUGCAACUUGGCUGGAUGCUAAGAUGUCUGUGGACAUGAAUAGCCAAGGGUCUGACAGUAAUGAAGAGGACUAUGACCCAAACUGUGAAGAAGAGGAAGAGGACGAGGACCCUGGGGACAUUGAGGACUAUUAUGUGGGAGUAGCCAGCGAUGUGGAGCAGCAGGGGGCUGAUGCCUUUGAUCCUGAGGAGUACCAGUUCACCUGCUUGACCUACAAGGAGUCCGAGGGUGCUCUCAAUGAGCACAUGACCAGCUUAGCCUCAGUCCUAAAGGUGUCUCAUUCAGUUGCUAAACUUAUAUUAGUUAAUUUCCACUGGCAAGUUGCAGAGAUAUUGGACAGGUACAAGUCUAAUUCUGCUCAGCUGCUCGUUGAGGCUCGAGUUCAGCCCAAUCCAUCAAAACAUGUCCCCACAGCCCAUCCCCCUCACCACUGCGCAGUGUGUAUGCAGUUUGUGCGGAAGGAAAACCUACUCUCUCUGGCCUGUCAGCACCAGUUUUGCCGCAGCUGCUGGGAGCAGCACUGCUCAGUACUUGUCAAAGACGGCGUGGGUGUGGGAGUCUCUUGCAUGGCUCAGGACUGCCCACUUCGAACACCAGAGGACUUUGUAUUUCCAUUAUUGCCCAACGAAGAACUAAGAGACAAAUACAGGCGCUACCUCUUCAGGGACUAUGUGGAGAGUCAUUACCAGCUCCAGCUGUGCCCUGGUGCAGACUGCCCCAUGGUCAUCCAGGUACAAGAGCCCAGAGCUCGCCGAGUCCAGUGCAAUCGGUGCAACGAGGUCUUCUGUUUCAAGUGUCGUCAGAUGUAUCACGCCCCCACAGACUGCGCCACAAUCCGGAAAUGGCUCACGAAGUGUGCAGACGACUCUGAAACAGCCAACUACAUUAGUGCUCACACUAAAGACUGUCCCAAGUGCAACAUCUGCAUUGAGAAGAACGGAGGCUGUAAUCACAUGCAAUGCUCCAAGUGCAAACAUGACUUCUGCUGGAUGUGUCUAGGAGAUUGGAAGACCCACGGCAGCGAGUACUAUGAGUGCAGUCGGUACAAGGAGAACCCUGACAUCGUCAACCAGAGCCAGCAGGCCCAAGCCAGGGAGGCCCUCAAGAAGUACUUGUUCUACUUUGAGAGGUGGGAAAACCACAAUAAGAGCUUACAGCUGGAGGCACAGACAUACCAGCGGAUUCAUGAGAAGAUCCAGGAGAGGGUCAUGAAUAAUCUGGGGACGUGGAUUGACUGGCAGUACCUACAGAAUGCAGCCAAGCUCUUGGCCAAGUGUCGCUAUACCCUGCAAUACACGUACCCGUAUGCAUACUACAUGGAGUCUGGACCCAGGAAGAAGCUGUUUGAAUACCAGCAGGCUCAACUGGAGGCCGAGAUUGAAAACCUGUCAUGGAAAGUGGAGCGUGCCGACAGCUAUGACAGAGGGGACUUAGAAAACCAGAUGCACAUAGCAGAGCAGCGGAGGAGAACCCUGCUGAAGGAUUUCCACGACACCUAGGCUGGACAUGGACGUGCUGGAGUGAGGAAGAUGCGGCUGCAAGGUCUCCCGGCUGCCAUACUGCAUGCUGAGGGCUCUGCCUUUCAUGACCCCAGGCAGCAGCCAGGGCCCCACUCCUGAGAGACACUGGCCACACACCUUAGUCAAUUUCUGUUUUGUUCUCAUCUUUCUGCUUUUUGUUUCUACUAUGGUAGAGGCCCUGUUGAAUUGGCCUCUUCAGGAUUUUUAAUUCGCCCUGGAUGGUUGUUGGGAGGGAGGGAAAGUUUUUUCUGAAUGACUAUUAAUAGUAUUAGAUCGUUACAACUUAUGUAAUUUUCAAAGAUUGUAUAAUUGUACAAAAAAAAAAAAAAAAAAAAAGACCAACCAUAGAAUUACACAGAACCCUUUUAAAAAAUAAAUUGGCAUUGGAGUGUUUUACCCUCUAGCUAUUUUACUUAGAAUGUAACAUGCUGCCUGCCCACCCUUCCUCUGAAUGUGUACUGUAAGAGGGUCCCAGGGUGGCCUCUGCUUCCAGAUUCACUUGGUGUUUGGCCGCAGCUGGGGUCCCAAGGGAGAAGCAUGGGUGGCAGAUGGGGAAUUGAGUUAGCCUGUGAAACGGGCAUGGCACACAGGGAAUCACAUCAUGCCUCCUGCCUGUUCCUUGUAGACCCUUUUGUGGUCAGGUGCACCUGCCUUACCUCGGCAGUGAGCAGACAGUACAGAACAGGGUCUCGCCAUGAAGAGUCUGAUCGUCUCUGAUGGCGCUGCUUGUCUGCAGGCUCAUCUUUAUUCUUGAAGGUGAGGCUGGGUCCGGCUACUGAGGCCAGAGCCACAGCAGAGCAUAGCUGGUCUUGUGGCCUCCAGACAGGGGACGGGAGUUCAGCACAGUGAUUCCUUUUGUCUCCUAAAGAUAGAGAUCCCCUUUCAAAGGGAAUUGUUCCCCAAAAUAAAUUUGUUCUAGCUUGGUCCAUUCUUUUGUGCCAGUAUUUAAGUGGUGUAACUGACCAAGUUCACACGCAGCCAUACCUGACACUGUCCUGCUACACUCUCCUCUGGUGAACUUAAGGGUCAGAGUGCAGCGUGGCCCUCGUGAGGGCGCUGGUCUUCCUGGCCCAGGGGCCUUGUUUGCACAAGUUGUUUUCAUGUUACCUGGAGUGUGUCCAGCAGCUGCUCCCCCUCGCCUGAUUUCAGGUGUUGGGAGGGCACCACCUCUAGGGUCUGGGAGUCAGACCAGGAGUCCUUGGUCUCUGGUCCCAGCUCCUGUAGUAGGAGGGGCUGGCCAGGGGAGAAGGCCAGUUUUUGCACAGUUGAGCCCAAAGGAGCAGGUGGUUUGUGUAGUGUCUUACCUGUCCUGAACCUGGUCCUGUGGGCCUUUGAAAAAUUAAAUCCGAUUCUCGGGGUUUCUGUGGCUUUGAUGCCUGCACUCUGAGGCUGGCAGAGCUGUCUAUGCUCGACAGGGCCUGCUUGACCUCCUGGAAGAAUUGCUUGGGAGAUGGAUGAAUAUUGUGUUGGAAAUUCUUUGAUAUUCAAACAUUUUCACCUCAGCAAUUUUCUAGGAACCAUGGUUGUAAACUGAAUUACUCUUGAAGACAGAGGACAGCUUGGGGUCAUGGGUACACAGCUGGGUGCAGGCUCCCUUUCUCCCUACUCAGGUUUUGUCUGUUCCUGUUAUCUCUUGCAAAGGGAGGGACUGUGGGGUGGAGAGGGGGAACAAAUUAGAAGAGUAGCAAAUGAAGCCAGAAUUGGAUGGCGGGGAGCUCACUGACCUAGGAGAGUGCCUGAUGUGGGACCUGGGGUGGGAUGUGAAUGCUUUGUUGGCACAUGGAUGAUCCUGGCUUCUUACCUCUCCAUCUUUGUGUCGCUGACAUGGCCCAGGACCUGAGUUGCAGCUCUGCACCUUAAGUCACACACACCCUGGGCAUCUCUGGGCAUUUUUUGGACCGCACAGCUACUUUGUAAUGUAUAUGCAUCCAGCUGUGGUCCUAGCCACUGGCACUGCAGGAAGUUUGGUGCCUGGACCACAGCCUGCAGCCCUUGACCUGUGGAGAGCUUCCUUUUGUCCCCCCAGCGGCCAUCGUAAAUGGAAAGGUCAGGCAGAAUUGUUCUGCCCUGCGAAGGAUAGAAGAUCAAGACGGCACUGUGUUUCAUGAAUUUACCGUAUAUCUUUGUUUCUUCAAAGAAAAGGUUGAGGUAAUGUCAUCUGCUCAAAGUUGAGUGGUUUAUUCAAAAUAAACUGAAAGUUUCUGAUUAUAAAA